UGCCAGCGUCAAAUUCUUAGUGAGGCGCAUGGCAUGACGGAGAUUUGACAGUUGUCAAAGUCAAAACUAAGCAGCGUGUUUUGAAAUAUGAGGAAAAUAAAUAAAAUUUUCAUGUGAAUUAAGAUUUUAUUGGUAGUUACUGGCUAAGAACAACAAAAUGCAGUUAUCUGAAAUAGACAACGUUAAAAUUUACAAUCUCAGCGUUGGAAAAUCCCUACCUGAUUGGCUGACAGAAAGAAAAAAGCGUGCCCUGCUCAAGAAAAAUGUUGACCUCAGACGAAGAAUUGAGCUAAUUCAGGAGUUUGAUAUGCCAGGAGUGAGCACCACUAUCAGAGUUUCUAAAGAUGGACAAUAUAUAAUGACCACCGGCAUUUAUAAACCAAGAAUAAAAUGCUAUGACGUUAAUAAUUUGUCCUUAAAGUUUGAAAGAUGUCUUGAUUCUGAAGUUGUAACAUUUGAAAUAUUAAGUGAGGACUAUUCUAAGAUAAUAUUUUUGCAAUGUGAUCGUUAUGUGGAAUUCCAUGUUGGACAUGGUAGACACUAUCGACUAAGAGUACCCCGAUUUGGAAGAGAUAUAGCAUAUCAUCGGCCAUCAUGCGAUCUAUUUGUUGUGGGUGCAUCAUCUGAAGUUUACAGAUUGAAUUUAGAAAUAGGUCAAUUUUUAGCUCCAUAUGUAACAAAGGCGAAUGAAAUUAAUUGUUGUGCUGUUAAUGAGGAACAUGGAUUAUUGAUGCUAGGCACGGAAUCUGGUCAUGUUGAAGCAUGGGACCCUCGCACUAAAUCAAGACAGGGAAUAUUAGAUUGUGCCAUGCAUUGUACAGAUUCAGAAUACAAAAAUGAUAAAUUGCCUGCCAUAACUGCUGCCAAGUUUGAUGGACCUCUCAGGAUGGGUGUAGGGACAUCUACAGGUCAUGUACUGUUGUACGACAUUAGAUCAAGUAAACCACUCCUUGUAAAAGACCACAUGAAUGAAAUACCUAUAAAAGCAUUAGAAUUCCAUAAAACAAUGGAUUAUGUUUAUUCUAUGGAUUCAACUGUUGUCAAGAUAUGGGAUAAGAAUACAGGCAAGCAGUACACGAGCAUAGAAUCAUCAGCUGAUUUCAAUGAUUUAUGUGUUAUUCCAAACACAGGAUUAAAUUUGAUGGCUGUUGAAGACCAAAAAAUGCAGAUAUACUACAUUCCCUCAUUAGGACCAGCACCUAGGUGGUGUGCUUUCUUGGAUAAUUUAACAGAAGAAUUAGAAAGCUCUGCAGCACAAACAGUUUAUGAUGACUACAAGUUCAUCACUAAACAAGAGCUGGAAUCAUUAGGCCUUGAUCACUUGUUGGGUACAAAUCUGUUACGAGCAUACAUGCAUGGAUUCUUUGUUGAUGUGCGUUUAUACAAGAGAGCGAAAUCGAUCGCGGAUCCAUUUGCGUUUGAGCAAUAUAAGAAACGUAAGAUCAGAGAAAAGAUUGAGCAAGAGAGACCAUCCAGACUAAAGGUCGAGGAUAACUUGCCAAAAGUCAACAGAGAUUUGGCAUCUAAACUUAUGGAUGACAGCGGAAGAAAGAAGAAACAAACUACUAAUCUGCUCAAAGAUGAUCGAUUUAAGGCUUUGUUUGAAAAUCCUGACUUUGAGGUGGAUAGAGAAGCUGAGGAAUAUCGCCUACUCAACCCAGUUUUAUCUAGGCUCGAUAAAAACAAAGACAAGAAAAUGGAAACCGAAACAUCAAUGCAGGUGGAAGAAACUGAAGAUAAGGAUUCGGAUAUGGAACUGUAUGAUACUAGUGACGGCGAAAGUUCAGAUGAAGACCGAUCAUGGGUUAAAGAAGUGAAAAAGCAACAUAAAAUCAUAAGAAAUAAGUCACGACAAGAAGAAGACUCGCAACCCAUUGAGGAGCAGGUUUACGAAUCUAAUAACGCUCCUAGAUCUACAAAUAUCAUCAAAAGUAUAACACGGGUUAGCAAGGCUAGCUUGGGAGACCGGUUAGCUAAAGAAAACUUUUCCACUAUGGUCACGACUGCUGGAGGAAAUCGCGAAAUGAAGUUUAGUAUGAGAGGGAAGAAAUCAGAAACGCAAAAUCAAAAACAAAUGAAGAAACAUCAUCAAGAGCGAAAACAGUUUGUCAGAAAAACAGGAUUUUUAAUGAAGAAAAAGCUACCAAAAUCGUUCGAAUCGUUAUCGCUGUUGUUCUCAGUGUAUCCUUUCCACUCUCAACGAAAGUUUAAUUUAGCUAGUGACUUACUGGACAGCCAUGUACUGGGCAACGACAAGCUUGCUGAACCAGCGAUGGAGAGAUCUACCAGGUUCAGUAUCGACGGCAAUAGUGUGGAUAUUGGAGAAAUAACAGAAUCCCCUGACACUGAAUACAUGAGUACUUCUGCUAUAUUACAUUACUGUAAAUCAAAGAUAUUGCUACCAUAUUUAAAAUUAUUAACUAUAAUGGGAUUGCGACCGGUACUAGAUGUAUCGAACUCUUCCAAAUGCGCAAUAUGCUGCUCGCAUUUCCAUUCAAUACAAGUAGCAAUACUCAUGUUUAUAGGAUACGUUCUACAGUAUAUGGCUUGUUUCAGACGAGACAGAGGAUUUUGUUACAAGUUAGUUCCAUUGGCGUUAACAUCCAGCCUUGAGUAUGAGAACUAUAAGCAAGUGUGUUACGGAAAUGUUAUUUUCACCUAUAUCGGGCCCAGCAUACUGCACUUCGUGGGUUUUUUAUAUGCAUUAUAUUUGUUCAGAAUAUCUGAUAAUGAACAGUUGCAAAAUUUAAUGGAAAGGGUCUUUCUACUAUCUUCGUAUUCGCCUCAAGGAAUGCCUACCACUAAGCCUAAACGUUUACUACGCAUGUUGUGGUUUUUCAUAAUACUCAGCGUUAUAUGGAUGUGUCUGUCGUUAUGUUCAGUCAAUCUUAUGUUGGCUAAAGGCAAUAUUAUAUUUAGAUGGAUGGAAAAUAGUUCAUAUGAAAUAAGGAUGGUGUUGAAAGUGUUGCUAAUUAUAUGCACAUUGAUCCACGACAUGGUGCAGGCGACUAUAAUCACGAGCUAUUGCCUACAAGCACAGUUGUUACAAGCUCAUCUUAUGUUCCUCAAAGAACGGCUGCUGAACCGAACUAUAACUCCGCUCAACUGGAUGAGAGAGAUAGCAGAGUUCCGAAAAUUAUUAAAAUAUCUGAACGACGACUUAGCCCCUGCGGUUUGUUUGUUCACCAUCGUGAAUAUCUCGUGGGCCACCUCUGGCAUCAUGUGGCUCCUCAACUUGGAUAAGGUGGAUACUGAGACAGAACCCUUGGUCGGCAUCAGCAUUCUAAACGAGCUCAUAUGGAUUUCAGCAGUUAUUGUGCCAUUUGUUCAAGCCGCACGUUUGUCGAAAGAAUGCAGACGGACUCAGUCUGUGGGACAUGAGCUGUGCGUCCGUCCGUUUCUGCACCAGGACACUUCCCAGGAGGACAUCACGUCGGUACUCAUGUACGCGUCCACUCUACGUCUGCACGCGAAACUAUUCCACUACCCCAUCGCAGGUCGAUAUAUCUGUCUCGUACUAACCAUUACUGCGAUAGUACUCUUCUCUCUAGGCAUGUGUCAUCUAUUACAGUAGAAUAUUUAAUAUCAAUGUAUAUUUUAAUAGAAUGAACCAACUAGCCGGUUUGUAAAUUAUAUAAUACAUUGUAAAUAACGCCUGGUUGUGUAAUGUAAAUAAUACCUAUUUUAAACUGUUGAUACUCAGUUUUAAAAAUCAAAUUCAAUGA